GGUUAUUUUGCCGAUUUAACUUGAUUUAAACGACGUUUUUGAAUUCCGCUUUUCCCUUCAUAAAGAGAGGACUUGAGAGAGAGCUUGAUAGAGAAGAGCCCAAAAAAACGGCGGGAGCCGAAUUUUUUGGCCGAGGAAGCCCGGGUACUAGAAGAUAGGACAAGAUGGCGGCGGCCAAAACGGUUUCAAAACGUUGUAGUUGAACAAUACUUUUUUACGUUUUUAUUCGGAAAAAGUGCGUCGAGUUUCCUUUGCAAAACAACAUUAGCACAAUGUACCAUCCUUCAAGAGGCGGAGUUCGUGGAGGACAAGACCAGUUCGAUUGGGAAGAUGUGAAAGCUGAUAAGUACAGAGAAAGUUAUUUAGGUCAUUCAGUGAAGGCUCCUGUGGGAAGGUGGCAAAAAGGAAAGGAUCUUCACUGGUACACAAAAAGUGGCAAAGGAAGUUCAACAGUGUCAAAGCAACAGGAAAAAGAUGCCAUAAAGAAAAUGGAGGCUGAAGCAUUGGCAAUAGCAUUAGGGAAGGGAUCUGGCAAGAAAGUUGCAACUGGAGUUACAAAACAGGAAUUGGCUGAAGUUUGCCGUAAAGGCCAAGUUGAGCGUGACUCCAUGGACAUUGAAAGGGUGGAAGGCAUGGGAUUCGGAAGCUCAAGAGCUCGUCUCAUGGAUGGGCUGUCUGUGCCGGUAAAGGAAACUCUUGGAGCCACAGGCCCACAGCAGGAAGGUGAUGCAGAUCCUGUCACUAAAAGCUUUCAGAAGACUCAACAACUUGAAAGGAGUUGUACAGAAGAUGAUAAUUCCAGGGAAAAAACAAAGAAAAAGAAAGCUAAAAAAGAAAAGAAAUCCAAAAAAGAAAAGAAACACAAGAAAAAAAGCCAUGCUGAUGACAAUUCAACUUCAAAGGAGAGCAAAAACAGGAAAAGAAGGCAUUAUCAUGAAGAGACUGACAUGAAGGAGUAUGAUAAGACUUCUACACACACAAGGAAAAGAAAAACUGAUCUUGACUCCAAACUUGAUAAGAAUUCUAAACAUAAGAGACAUGAUUCUUCCUCUGAGAGUGAAUCAUCUGAUGAAAAAGAAAAACAGUCCAGAAGGCGUCAUGACUCGUCUGAUCUUGACAGCCCAAGGACAUCAAAACACGGAGGCAGGAUGGACAAUGAAAGACCACGACAAAGAAGACAACGUCAUGACACCGAUUGAAGUUUAUGCUGAUAAAU